AUGUUUCGAUUCCACAAACCCGUCGACAUCGUCACCCUCUUCCACAAGCCAAGCUCCCAGGCUUCGGUGCGCGUUGCUACUCUGCUCAAGCAGGUCUCGGCCAACGCCACCGAGGUUGCCACAGAGGAUCAGGCUAGUGACCACUCGCACCAGACCCAUCCCCAUCGCCAGCGUCAGGAGUUUGACUUGAACAUCACCGAGGAUCCUCCGACGGCAGACCAACUUCAGACUAUACUAGAGUAUGUGGGCAAGAGCAAGAUCAGCUCUAUAAUUCAGGGCGCAUCAACGGAGAAAGAUGCCCUGAAGAAGUUCAAGGAGAGCGCCGACAACUUCAAGCGACCAGUGAUUGUGGAUUGGAAUAACGGCAAGGCAGUUGCCUCUGACAAGGAGUCUGAGAUACUCAAAGUGCUGGAACAGGUAGAGAGCAAAGAGUAG